GAUUUGAUCCAUCAAUUGACAACUGCCAGCUUCGAAGAAUACAUCACUGACAGCCAAUUUGUUGCGCGUUGCGAAGACCACGAUAGCAAAGCAGAUCAGAAAGCUGAAUACAGAAUGGCACAGAGUCUCCUUCAAGGCUUUCCCGAGGCCGCACCCUCGAAGCCAACUGGCGAAUUGGUCUUUGCAGAUGUCGCAGUAACAGCAACAGCAAAAGAAUUCGCGGGAAUCUACCGCAAUAAAAAAUACCACGAACCAGACUUCCCAUCAGUACUCGGCCGCGCCCAAGAUGCCGGAGUCGAGAGAGUAAUGCUCACAGGCAUGUCUUCGGCAGACAUUUCUUUCGACGCUGAUAUUGCACGUUCACGACCAUCUCAAUGCAGUAUCACCGUUGGCGUACAUCCCUAUCAUGUGGCCGAGCCAUAUGCGAACGAUAGUGAUGGUAGUGAAUACCUAUCUGCAAUGGCGAAGAGUAUCAACGACUUACAAACUUCUGACCCGGGAAUGAUCUCCGCAUUCGGCGAGUUGGGUUUGGACUAUGAUCACCUGGACCACGCGAGCAAGGAAACACAACUUCGAUGCUUCAAAGACCAACUGGAUCUUUUCAUCAAAGAAAAGUGGGAUCUUCCACUAUUGCUGCACUGUCGUGCUGCUUUUGACGACUUUGUCGCAACCAUGGAACCAUACCUCUCAAAACUACCAAAAGGAGGAUUAGUCCAUUCAUUCGUCGGUUCAAAAUCUCAAAUGGAGAAAUUGGUCUCCAUGGGCUUCCACGUCAGUGUCAAUGGUUUCAGCUUCAAGGACCGCGAGUCCUUGGAGAUGGUUGCUGCAAUCCCACUCGACAAGUUGCAACUCGAGACAGAUGCACCGUGGGGAAUCAUUCAACCGAGCUCAGAAGUCGCUAAAAGGUAUCUAGUCAAUGCACCGACAUUGCCGGCAAGUAAGAAGAAGGACAAGUUUCAGAUGGGAAAUAAGGUCAAAGAAAGGAAUGAGAGUUGUGCUAUGAGUCAUGUGGCUUUCAUCGUUGCUGGGUUGAAGGGGUCGAGUGUGGAAGAGGUCGCUCAAGCAGCGUGGAACAACAGCACAGAGAUGUUCUGGAGAGCAAUCUGAGUGUAUUAGACAUACUAUAGAGUGAUGAGUCCGUCAAGCACGAGGAUAACAAGCAGAGUUCAAGCAGUUCGAAAGCGAGAAGCCCUUCACAGCUUCGUCUUGAUGGUGCAGUUGUCUUCCUUCUGGCAAACAGCUGUGCGUCCGAGGUUCUUGUCCAAAGGUCCAGUGGGUCCGCUCUGGUAA